AACUAAUCCAGCAAAGACUUCACAAACCCACCAUCUUCAACCUUCUUGGACAAACCCAGUCCACUAGAAAUUGGUGGCUCCCUUAGUUUCUUGGCUUUGACAUUUUGAGCUGUUGACAUUCUAUUUAUCAGCCAUUCUGUGUAAACAAAACGAAAUUUGAGUCCAUUGACAUAGCUGCGAUUGAUUAAAUGUUACGGAGUUAUUAUUAAAGAAUUCCCUAGCUUGAAAAAAACUUUGUUUUUUUUUUGUCAAAAGUUCAUCUUAGCGUCAUAAAAUAGGAUUCUUGGGGAAAUCUGAGAAUCUGGGGUUUCUUUGUUUCCAUCAUUUUUAUGUUAGAAAGAAUGGGAAAAUGGCCAUGAUUGCCAGGCUAGGGUUCUUGGUAGCUGCUUCAGUUGCAGUCUAUGCAGUCAAGCAGCUUAAUCUCAAAACCCAAAGACAUUCAAAGCCUUCAUCAGGAAAUAGUGGAACAAACACUUGGAAUGAAGAGGAAGAGAAAAAGCAGAUUACAUGUUCUAAGAAUGGCCUCAAAGAGGUUUUUAUUGUUGUUUAAGUGCUACUCAGUUAAAAAAAUUAGACAUGAUUCUUUGUGGAUCACCUAAGUUGUGAAUAAUCUUGUUUUUUCCCUUUCCAGCGUAUUUCCAUGUACUCCAUAUUACGGAGUAUAUUAUUGUUGUUUAAGGAUUAAGUUCAUAGAUCAAGAAACUCAUUGCAUAUGGCAGUGGUUUACCAAACCAAACCAAACAAACUAGUAAAUUUCACUCAAGAAUAGGGCAUGAGGGAAGGAGAUGUGUUUAGACUGCAACUCUACUUAGAGAUGCUGUUUCCCAGAAGACCUUCACCAAAUUGUGAUAUGUAGUAGUUUGCCAGCCUCUCCAUUUUCAGUAAGAGUUAGGUCUGCAUACACGCAUCCUCCCAAUACCUUACUUGUGGGAUUUUUCUGGGUCUGUUUUUGUUGCCUAAACUACUGUUAAUUAAUGCCCACAAUUGAUACUUUAAUUCAAAAUUGAGAUGAAAUUGCCAAUUUGUAAUAUUAGCAUUAAAUUCCCUCUUGAUUUACUCCGUAUGAAACAACAGAAAUUUCUUUCCAUGUAUGUUUUAUGCUUUGUAGGGUGGAGAGGAAGAAGAGGUUAAAUUAAUGAAUGGAAUUUGCAAUCCCACAUUGAGGAAACCACUGAAUAUAGAAGAAGACCUUUUUCUUCAAUUCGAACAUCUUUUAUGUGGCGAGAUGGACUUUCCAUUGCCUGGUAAUAUUUAUGAUUCAGAAAAUGCAAAGAAAGAUCAAAAUGAGAUAGAACAGUUAAGAAACCUUGUAAAAGAGCUUGAGGAGAGAGAAGUGAAACUUGAAGCAGAACUGUUGGAAUACUAUGGGUUGAAGGAGCAAGAGUCGAACAUUCUUGAGUUACAAAAACAGCUCAAAGUUAAGGCAGUGGAGAUUGACGUGCUCAAUAUUACCAUAAACAGAUUGCAGGAUGAGAAGAAAAGGCUUCAAGAGGAGGUUUCUAAGUCCUCUUUUGCUAGAAAAGAGUUAGAGGAGGCAAGGAACAAAAUAAAGGAGAUGCAGAAGCAGAUUCAGGUUGAGGCGAACCGAACGAAAGAACAGUUAUUGUUGCUUAAGCAGCAAGUUAGUGUACUUCAAGCAGAGGAACGAGAAGCCUUGAAAGGGGGUGCUGAGAUGGAGAAGAUGGUUAAAGUUCUAAAGGAGUUGGAGGUGGAAGUUAUGGAGCUUAAGAGGAAGAACAAAGAGCUUCAGAUUGAGAAGAGAGAAUUGGCGAUGAAGCUAGAUGCUGCUGAAGCCAAAAUGAAAUCCCUCCCCAACAUGAAAGAGUUGCAGGGUGAAGUGGUUUCUAGCACUAAGGAAGAGGUAGCAGCAUUGAGGCAUAAAAAUGAGGAUCUUCAGAAACAAGUUGAAGGACUGCAGAUGAACAGAUUCAAUGAAGUGGAAGAAUUAGUGUAUCUUCGUUGGUUGAAUGCAUGCUUACAGUAUGAACUUCGGAACUAUCAAACACCCACUGGCAAAAUAUCAGCUUGUGACCUUAACAAAAGUUUGAGCCCAAAUUCUCAGGAGAGAGCCAAGCAGCUGUUAUUAGAAUACGAAACCAACUUUUCAUUCCCGUCUUCUCCUGGAAGUGAAGAUUUUGAUACUACUACUGCUACUGCUACCACCACUAGUACCUCUGUUGAUAGUUCAACUAGUAAAAAGCCUAGCUUGAUUCAGAAGUUGAAGAAAUGGGGAAGAAGCAAAGAUAAAGUCCAUAGAGCCCCCGAGUUAGCUGAGUUUUACCAAAAUGUGAUCAAACGCGAGUGGAAAAAGGAUUCAUCGCCACCCUUGAUUUCUUCCACAUCCAGCAUGUCAGAUGCAAGGAGCAACAUCAAUGGAGAAAUGGAACAUGGAUCAUCCUUUCGUUUAGCGGUGAAGUCUGAUGUGGGAACAAAAGCUGAUUUCGUCCAGUCACUGGCAGCUGAAGUUCGUACAUCUUUGUUUUCCAAAGCAGAUGAUUUGGUGGCAUUUGUUAAUUGGCUAGAUGAAGAGCUCUCCUCCUUGGCUGAUGAACGAGCUGUUCUCAAGCAUUUUGAUUGGCCAGAAGGGAAAUCAGAUGCAUUGCGAGAAACGGCAUUCGAGUACCAGGAAUUAAUGAAACUUGAGAACCAAGUUUCCUCGUUUGUUGACGAUCCAAGUCUUUCUUGGGAUGCUGCAUUGAAAAAGAUGUAUGAACUACUUGAGAAGGUGGAACAGAGUGUUUAUGAACUAUUGCACACGAGGGACAUGACUAUAUCACGAUACAGAGACUUUGGAAUACCCACAGAUUGGUUGCUAGAUUCUGGUGUGCUUGGAAAGAUUAAGCUCUCGUCUGUCCAGCUGGCUCGUACGUACAUGAAACGUGUAGCAUUAACACUGGAUGCGUUGAGCGGGCGUGAUAAGGAACCACCCAGAGAGUUUUUAAUCCUACAAGGCGUUCGUUUUGCUUUCCGUGUGCAUCAGUUUGCUGGAGGGUUUGAUGCCGAGAGCAUGAAGGCGUUUGAAGAGCUUAGGAGUCGCGUGCACGCACAAACCGGAGACGCUAAGCAAGAAGAUUGAACUUUUGUUUUCACAUUUUUAGCCCCCAAAGGAAUUUGUACAGUAUAAUUUCAUAAUUUUGUUACUCCAAGUAUAGGAAACAAAACUCAUCAUGUUGUACUUUAUACUCUAUUUGCUUUAAAGAAAAGGUGUGCAUAACUUAGAUGACAAUGAAAAUGUGUAAAAGACGACAAUACACGAAUUCAACUCAAGACAAUGACAAUGAAGAUGGACUAUGCAU